UUAAUAUCGUAAAUGUUCCUUUUGGAUUUUUAUUUUAUUUUUAUUUUUUAAAUAUUUUGUGAUUACGUCUCUUUUAUUUUAGUUGAAAUUUUGGUCGGAUCUGGAAUUUUAUUUUAUUUUUUUAUCCAUUCCGGUAGUUUUGGCCGUUCCCGGCGUUUAUUUCAAUAAUUUAUGUGUGGAGAGGAGUUAGUUUGCUACAAAUGCCCCCUUCCCCCAUCCCCGGCACCGCGCAAGCGCUCGGGACCGAGUGGGAAUGGUUGGACCACGGACUGGGGGUUGGACAGCUCCGAGCGAAACACAGCAAAAGAGUUUUAAAUGUCCGCCAUGUUGUCCAUGGCGCACUGAACCACCGAUAGGGAGCGGAGCGUUUGAAAAAAACAGUCCGAGAGCGAGCGACCAAGAUCCGGGCCUUCCCCCGGCUCCGCUGGCGACGCCCUAAAUACGAGCUACAACCAUUCGAACGUUAGAGACUACCCGCACAGAAACCAUCCAUGAAAGCUCCAGUCGGUACCGUUGUGAAUAUUAGGAGAUCGGAUAGGUUUAUAUUUCAUCUCGAAUUGUGAAAAAAAUGAGUAAAUUGUCGUUUCGGGCACGGGCGCUGGACGCUUCCAAGCCACUACCCGUCUUCCGUUGUGAGGAUUUACCCGACUUACACGAAUAUGCAUCAAUUAACCGGGCAGUGCCGCAGAUGCCUACGGGGAUGGAGAAAGAAGAAGAAUCGGAACACCAUCUCCAGCGGGCCAUUUCGGCACAGCAGGUCUAUGGCGAGAAGCGGGACAACAUGGUCAUCCCGGUCCCCGAGGCAGAGAGCAACAUCACCUACUAUGACUCCCUCUACCCCGGGGACUACAAGAUGCCAAAGCAGCUAAUUCACAUACAGCCUUUCAGCUUGGACACAGAGCAGCCGGACUACGACCUGGACUCAGACGAUGAGGCCUUUGUCAACAAGCUGAAAAAGAAGAUGGAUAUCAGCUACCUUCAGUUUGAGGAAAUGAUCGACAGGCUGGAGAAAGGCAGCGGACAACAGCUUGUGAGUCUCGCUGAAGCCAAACUGCUGCUGAAGGAGGACGACGAGCUCAUCAAAGAGGUCUUUGACUACUGGAGUCGCAAGAGGAAAAACAGCAAAGCCAACUCGCUCAUCCCCACUGUGAAGCAGGAGAAACGAGAUGGCUCCAGCACUGGUGACCCCUACGUGGCCUUCCGUCGGCGCACAGAGAAGAUGCAGACCAGGAAGAACCGUAAGAACGACGAGGCAUCAUACGAGAAGAUGCUGAAGCUUCGCAGGGACCUGAGCCGAGCUGUCACCAUCCUGGAGAUGAUCAAGAGGAGGGAGAAAAGCAAGAGGGAGCUGCUGCACCUCACCCUGGAGGUCUUCGAGAAGAGAAAUGUCAUGUCUGACUUCGGAGGAGAAGUGAUGGCAGAGGUUCUGGCUGAACGAGCUUUGGUGAGACCACAGAUCAUUCCUCUGGUCCCUCUCACCAAUCAGUGCAGACACCAGGACCAUAUGGACUCCAAAGACUACAAGUCCAAGCCUGAGAAGAUAGAAGUUCCACGACAGAAGAGGAAAUAUGAGAAAAAGAAGGCGCUACCGUUAUCCGGUGCCACCCACCAUCCAGGUCCAGUUGUGUUCAACGCCAAGGACCUGAACCAGUAUGACUUCCCCAGCUCAGACGAUGAGCCCUACUCCCAGCUGCACUCAGGCUCUUCAGAAGCAGAGGAGGAGAAUGACCCAGAUGGUGCCUACGCCUUUCGCAGGAAGGCAGGAUGCCAGUAUUAUGCUGCUCGUCGGGACCUGCUGGGUAGUUGGCCGUGGUGCGACCCCUGUGAGGGUGGUUUAGCUCAGGACCGCUUUCGCUACAGUCUCACUACGCUCACGGUGCCACGUCAAUGCCUGGGCAUGGCUCGGCGUCGUGUGGGACGAGGCGGCAGGGUGUUACUGGACAGAGCGCACACAGACUACGACAAUGUGUUCCAUGGGCUGGAUUCAGAGAUGCAUGAUUUGCCUCUACCUGCUUCUCCUCCUUCAGCUACUCCGUGCUCACUGGCCCCCGACAAGUUUGCCAGCACCUCAGAAACAAAUACCUCGGACAGAAGUUCCCCACCCCUUAACAACUCCGUUCUCCCGUCCUCGCCCCCCUCCACGGACCUCACUCAGAUACUGUUGAAUAUAAAGUCUUGCCGAUGGAGGCACUUUAGACCACGGACACUACCACUACAUGAGCUGGACAACGCCCACCCUCUGUUCAGGAGGAUAAGUCGAAGCGUGAAGUGCCCGCUCACUGCCUCAGGUGGAGGUCAGCCGUAUGGACUGCUGCGCCCGGCGAGGGUCGUCCCUGCACCCACAGUUGCUUUCACGGCAGAACAGUACCAGCAGCAUCAGGAGCAGCUGGCCCUGAUGCACAAACAGCAGCUGGAGCAGAUCCAGCACCAGCAGCAAGCCAACAGCACUGCCAACAGCAUGCAGAGUCUGGUGAACACGUUGGACCAGGCCAGUGCUCAGUUCGCCGCCUCGGCCCUCGUCACCACCGAACAACUGCUGGCUCUGAAAUCCAAGGAUGAGUUGGCCCUGGGAGGUGGAGUCAAUGGCAUCCUCUCCUCAGGUGUCUACAAGGGCUUGCCGCUCUCCAGCACAGCGUCCCCGUUCCCAGCUGCCCCUGCUCCUCAAACCACAACCCUGACAUCUUCCCUGCUCCACCCCUGCUCCACCACCAGUAACAACAAUGGCACCGCCCACCCUGCCAACACCACUACUGGCACCGCCACCACUCAGGUCCCGCUGGGAAACAACAGUCUCCGAAUUCCCACCGGAAAGCGCAUCCACGCCCCGCGGACGCUGAGCUCCACCAUGUCAACAUCUGCCUUAAAGCUCCCACAUGCAGGAACCGCCAACUGUCAGAAACCCAAGGUCCCCACAGCCUCUGCAUCCCCGCUGGACAUGAUGCCCAGGGAGAAUCAUGAACAAGACAAGCCAGCACUGAACAGUCUAUCAGAGAACACAGUGGCCAUGGAGGUCACGUAGCCUCAGGCGCUCAGCUCCGAGAAAACCUGACUCAUCAUUGUUUUUGUUUGUUUUUUAGGUGCUAUGCAUCAUUUGUUAGUCGUGAAUGCAAGCGGUGGCUGAAUGAGCACGGCAAGGUUGGGUUUCCAUGGGAACUGUUUUGGGACUUAAUUGCAAUGCUCGUCUCGUACAAAUUUUUUCUUCUCUCCCCAUUUCCCUGUUUGUUACUGUUGAUAAGAGAUCAUCUGUAAAUUAAUAUGGCAAUUAUAUGUACAGUACUGCAUAUUUGUAAUAUCCCUGCCCCUUGUUCUUGUAUAUAACAUUACUUGAAUACAGAAUUGUUCAUUUGUGAUGUUUUGCACUCGAGAUAAAAAAAAAUAAGAGUAAACGACAAACUGCAACUGGUGCAAGUCUAAGGAGCGAAACGUACCACAGAAAAAAGGUGUCAUCACAUGCAUGGUGCAGAACCUGCUGUUGGAUCUAUUUAUUGUGCCGUGUUUACAAAUCUUUUUUUCUUCCUGUUCAUGCCAUAUUUUUAAAACACUGUACCCCAUCACCGGUUCUCGCUGCUGCUUGUUUUGCUAGACCAUUCGACAACUUUCUAAAUUUGCGUCGGGCGUGUUGUGUCCGGCAUCCUUCCACAAAUAUUCAGACGCUGGGCGGCAGAUUGUCUUAGGCGUCAGCCGGUUAAUCCGUCUCCACAACGCUCUUCCAUACUGAUUAUUCCUGAGACAAGUAACAAAAUAAUGGGGAUGAAGACUUUGCUGCUUUUGACGUAUUUAAGCACUAUAUGAUUUGUUUUUUUAUUUGAUGGAUGCUGCGUUUGUAUGAUUUUUGGUCUGUGGCUUCCAUUAGAUGACUUCAUUUUCUAUUUCCCCUCCCCAUCAAAUUUUUUAAAAUAUUUUGUAUUGCCCACUUUUAUGUUAGAUUGGCUCAUGAAAUACUUCAUUCUUUUGUUACUUGUUGCUUGAAAAAAAACUCAAAGGGAGUGGAGAAAUGCAGUAACUGACAUAUAUCAUUCCAGCUUCUAUAUAAUAAAACAUGUAAGAAUUUAAAAAAGUAAUUAAAACUGUUUUCUCUACUUAAAAACUCCUGAAGGCUGAAAGGCCAUGAACCACAUGUUAUCGGGUGCCUUCAUUUGGGAAAAAAUACAACUUAAAGAUGCCCUCUUCUGUGAAGAGUUUGGUACGGAACAAUGCUACUUGUAGUUUUUCUUUGUCUGUACCACAUUUCCCAUUACAAUGGCCCAGUUUGAUUCAUGACUUCUGUUUUUGUAGACCCUACCACCACACACAGAAAAAAGAGAUUCCUCUUGAAUUGUCACAAAAUGAAAUAAAAAUCCCAGGGCAUUAUGUGUUUAGACCA